AGAGCUUGACCGCAGCAGACGGAGCGGUUCAGCGGGGGACGGAGCUCAAGUCAGCCGCGCCUCUUCCAUUGAUUCCACCGGAGCAGCCACACGGCCCCAAACUAUCGAUUCCUGCGCGGCGUGGACCCACUAGACCAGCAUUGAAGAUGGUGUUCCGAGGCACAAUAGCAGAUGCUGCGGACUUCGAUCCAGCUGCAGAUGCUGAGGUGCUCUACAAUGCAAUGAAAGGCAUCGGGAGCGAUAAGGAGGCCAUCUUGGAUUUGAUCACCUCCCGGAGCAACGCGCAGAGGCAGGAAGUCAUUGCAGCGUACAAGGGCAGCUUUGGAAAGGACCUGAUCGACGACCUGAAAUAUGAACUGACGGGGAAAUUUGAACGUCUCAUCGUCAGCCUGAUGAGGACUCCAGCCUACCAUGAUGCCAAAGAAAUAAAGGAUGCCAUUAAAGGAGCCGGAACAAAUGAGAGGUGCCUGAUUGAAAUCCUGGCUUCUAGAACCAACCAGCAGAUACACGAUAUGGUGGCGGCGUACAAAGACGCCUACGGGAGGGACAUGGAGGAAGACAUCGUUGCUGACACUUCAGGCCACUUCAAGAAGAUGCUGGUGGCGUUACUUCAGGGGCGCAGAGACGAGUCAGGAGUGGUGAACGCAGAUCUUGUGGAGCAAGACGCACAAGAUCUGUAUGCCGCCGGCGAAGAGCAGUGGGGAACGGACGAGGCCAAAUUCAUCAUGAUCCUGGGAAGUCGCAGCGGCACCCACCUCCGCAUGGUGUUCGAUGCCUACGAGAAGAUCGCUGAAAAGUCCAUUGAAGACAGCAUAAAGAGUGAGCUGUCCGGGGACUUUGAGAGGCUGAUGCUGGCUGUUGUACAGUGCAUCAGAAGUGUUUCCAUGUUCUUUGCCAGGCGCCUCUACUGGUCAAUGAAGGGUCUGGGUACAGCCGACAACACCCUGAUCCGGAUCAUGAUUUGUCGCUCUGAAAUCGACAUGCUGGACAUUCGGGAGUGUUUCCGGCUCAGAUACGAGAAGUCCCUGUAUAACAUGAUCAAGGACGACACCUCCGGCGAUUACAAGAGAACCCUGCUGAAUCUAUGUGGAGGAGACGAUGAUCUAGCUGGAGAGUUCUUCCCUGAAGCCGCCCAAAUAGCUUACAAGAUGUGGGAAUUAAGUGCCAUGACCAAAGUCCAGCUCAGGCCGACCGUCCGCCCUGCUGCCAAUUUUGACCCCGCAUCUGAUGCCCAAGCUCUGAGGAAAGCCAUGAAGGGAUUCGGUACCGAUGAAGACGCCAUCAUCGACAUUGUUGCUCAAAGAAGCAACGCCCAGAGGCAGGAGAUCAGGCAGACCUUCAAGUCCCUCCUGGGAAGAGACCUGAUGAAGGACCUGAAGUCGGAGCUGUCUAAGAAUCUGGAGCGGCUGAUCAUCGGUCUGAUGUUGACCCCAGCUGAGUUCGAUGCUAAAAUGAUGCGCAAGGCCAUGGAGGGCGCUGGUACAGACGAACACGCUCUGAUUGAGAUCCUGGCGACCCGAAGCAAUGAGGAAAUCCAGGCCAUGAACGCGGCCUAUCAGAAUGGCUAUAAGAAGUCUUUGGAGGAAGCUAUUCAGUCUGAUACGUCCGGCCACUUCUGCCGCAUCCUGGUGUCUCUGGUGCAGGGUGCAAGAGAAGACGGGCCUGCUGAUGCAGAGCGCGUCAACGCUGACGCUCAGGAGCUGGCAAACGCCUGCAAUGCAGAUUCUGAUGACAUGGAGAUGAAGUUCAUGAGCAUUCUGUGCACCAGGAGCUUCCCUCAUCUAAGGAAAGUGUUCCAGGAGUUUGUCCGAUUCACCAACAAGGACAUCGAGCAGAUCAUCAAAAAGGAAAUGUCUGGUGACGUCAAAAACGCCUUCUUCGCUAUAGUGCGGAGUGUGAAGAACCAGCCGUCCUAUUUCGCCGACCGCCUCUACAAGGCCAUGAAGGGUCUGGGCACCGACGACAGAGCUCUGAUUCGCAUCAUGGUGUCCCGCAGCGAAAUCGACCUUUUCAAUAUUCGUAAAGAGUUCAAGGAAACCCACGACGCUUCCCUCCAUGAAUUCAUCCAGGUAGAAACCAUGAUCGGUGAUACGUCGGGCGAUUACCGUAAAACUCUGCUGGUGCUGUGCGGAGGGGAAGAUUGAUCCCACACAGUGGAGGGAACCGUUGAUCCCUGCCCCAGCCAAGUGACCUAUGACCUUCAGGCUUACAAACUAGUAUCCGCCUCCUGUCCCAAUGUUCUUUUUUUUUUUUUUAACUGAUCAGAAGAUGAUCACACGACUUCAUUUUGCAUUCAACAGCAAACCCUAUUAAAA